AUGCGUCCAGAUGCUAAGCGCCUGUACGACAUCUACUUGGCUUGGAAAGAGUCCGUCUCCAAGUUGUCGGACGUCGAGGGGCUCUACCCUACGUUUGUCAUGAACAUUAUGCCUAAGAGCGCGCAAUCUGUGGCUAAGCAUAAUGGAAUCAGAAAUAUUUGGGGCUUGGAUGAUAAGGAGUUCUUUGUCGUCUCAGGAUGGGCAGCUAAGUUCGGGGACUACCAUCGCUCUGUGAACCACCAGAGCGGUUUGGCCAGUGACUUCAUCUAUAUGGGUGAUGCAUCCGAGACUCAGAAUCCCCGGCUUGGAAUUCCCUUCAAGAAUGUCGAGAAACUUAGACAGAUCCGAGCAAAGUAUGGUCCUGAGGGUGUCUUUACCAUUCUUAAUUGGGAUGGAUACAAGCUGGGACACUGA